CGUCUCCGCCUCGCUUUCGGAAGUGGGAGGCGGCCGCGCGCCGGGAUGAUGGGCGCCAGGGUGACCCGCGUGUUCAGCAAGUUCAACCUGGAGAGCCGAGCCCACCGGGAAAUCGCCAAAGCCAAGCCCGCGCCAGCCCCGCGGCACCCGCAGCCUGCAGACCACUCCUUAGACACCGACAGAUUCCAAGAAGAGGUUAAGAGAAAAGAUGACCACCUUGACACAUUAUUAAAGGAAGUCUACGUUGAGUCCAAAGAUCCAGUUAUGCAUGUGAAAAACAAAGGAGAAAGCCUUCCUUCUAAGCGAGAGGAACGCAGACUUACAAAAGUAGGCAAUCUUGGUCCCCUGGAUAUUCAGUCUGUUCCUAGAGGCAAAGUCGCCAUAGUUGAAGUCUUGACCCUUCUCCAUAAUCAUCUCCACUCUCCGGAAACCUGGACUGCAGAGAAAAUAGCAAAGGAAUACUCAUUAGAAUUGAAGGAUGUGACUGAUCUCUUAGCAUUCUUCAUCCCGUUUGCGGUGGAGAUCUUUCCUCCUCAAGACAAAAAGCAGCUAAAGCCUAGAUAAGAAUGUCUGCCAAAUCUUGACUGACCAAGCUGGUGUCUUCUUAAUACUUCACAUCUGAUUCCCUCUCCACACAUACACGCACACACACCUAUAAACUGUGUCUUAUUUAAACGGUAUCUGCCUUUUCUCUCACUGUUGCGUUCAUCAACCAUCCAGGGCAUGCCGUUGUGAAGUAGGAGGCAAAAUCUCAACAAAUUCUGCAAAUACACCCUAAGAAUUAAAAAAAUCGGAAAAUGUUGGCUGUGUGGGAGAUCAUCUUUUCUGAAGCAGUUGUCUGUUACGCAGACCCCAGACAACAAAAAUGCAUUUUAUCUGGAUCUGAUCUUCUUUGGUCUGAGCUCUGCAGAAUAUCUUGCCCUCAUCACAUUCUGUAAAUAGUUAUAAUUAAAGCAAAGCAGAGUUACAAUGUGUUUAUCUUCUGAGAAAUGAGUGUGUGUCUAGUUCCUGUGUCUGGUCAAAAGGGGAGGGGCAAAAGAGCAAAUGGAGGAAAUUGAGUUAGGGUAGGCAUUCUUUUAAUUUUGGCGUAAUUACGGAAGUUAGAAACAAAUGGUUUUGGAACCAAAAACAAUUCUGCUGUGUGUUACUGGCUGUAAUUCUUUGUAUGGAAGCCCUUGAUAGCUGCUGCUGCUGCCUUUUUGCCUUUGAAUUCAUGCCUUUUUAUUAUCGGCCACAUACCCAUGAAGAGCUGUAUUGUCUGAACUUCUGUAUCUUGUUCUAUGCUUUACUGGAAAUCUAUAUUGAUUCAGAUGGAA